AUGGCCAUGGCUUCGCCCCCGAAUUCGCUCCUGCAAUGGAUUACCAGCCUGCUGCUGCUCGUCUGCGCAGCCGAGGCGCUCAAGUUUGAGCUCGUCGCUCACGCAGGAGCCGAGAGCCAUGCGAAGGAGAGGUGCAUCCGUAACUUUGUCGGUCAGGAAACUUUGGUGGUCGUCACGGCCACGGUCGGCGGAACCAAGGGCGACGGCAUGAUGGUCAACAUUCACAUUCGAGAUACAUUGGGCAACGAGUACGCCAGGCCUCGAGACGUCGUUGGCGAGUCAAGAUCUGUCUUCACAUCACACUCGGAAACGGCCUUUGAGGUUUGCUUCGAAAACGUCUACACCGACACCCGACGACCGAAUCCGGCCUCCCGACCGGUCGAGCUCGACAUCGACAUCGGCGCCGAUGCCAAGGAUUGGUCUGCCAUACAGGCGACGGAGAAGCUCAAGCCGGUCGAGGCCGACCUGCGGCGGAUCGAAGAACUCACAGCCGAAGUGGUGCACGAAAUGGACUACCUGCGCUUCCGCGAGCAGAGGCUACGCGACACAAACGAGAGCACCAAUGCACGUGUCAAGUGGUUCGGCAUCGGCACCACUUGGCUCCUCAUCGCCCUCUGGGGCUGGCAGAUCAUGUACCUUCGCGCCUACUUCCGGUCCAAGCACCUCAUCUAA